CAUUUUGGAUGUUGUUUUUGAGAUUUCUGGUUGAACGUACGAUUUUGAUUUAAAAGCUGGGCAGACUCGAUAAUAACGCUCAAGCGAACAGCAUCAUAAUCAUAAUAAUUAUAAUUAUUACAUUAAAAAAAAUCCAGAUCUCUUAAUUUUUGCUUUUUUCUUUUACAUAUUUAAAAGAUCCUCUUUUGUUGCCGACUCUCUCAUCCUUCUUCGCUGCUUUUGGAUCUCAUCAGAACUUGACCAGCAGGUGAUAUAUGGGGCUUUGAAUGAUCUAACAUAAGCACUAAGUAGAGUGGCUGAUUCUUAGUUCAUUUCAUGCCCAAAAUAUUGUUCACAUAAUAGUUUUGCGUGAUAAACUUGAGCAAAAUGAUAUAGUUGUAUAAAUUGAUGGAAAAGAAAGUACUAAUUGGGCAUUGAUUAAUUGUGCUUAGAUGGGCCUUAACUUAGAAUGAGAAAGGAGAUGGUAGAGAGUAACUUUGAUAAAGAAACAGUUGGAUGCAUCAGGACAACUGAUACUCAUAGUGGAAAUCAAGGUUCAGGUCUUCGCAGGGAGCCCUCCUUCUCUCGCUGGGCUGAUGAAGAUGGGAUAAUCCAUUUUGAACACCCUUCCGAGAGUACUGCUCCUAGCAUAGAAGGUUCUGAUUUUGAGUUGCCUAUGCUUAAUCAGAGUGGGUUAGACAACGGAUUUGUAGACGGGAUUAGAUACGGUAAAUUUCCAGAGCAGCGUAUGCACUUAAAUGGUGGAAGUGCCAUGGAAGAUUUACAUGGGAAAGAUAGAAAUGGGAAAUAUACACCUUUUGAUGUUGAAAAUGAGUAUAUUGGGGAUGGAAGAUCAUCAAAUAUCAGUGUUGAUGGAGCCAAUUCUACUGGCAGCCCAAAAGCAUCUAGCAACUCUAUUUCUACUGCAGAUGUGUUGAAGACAUUGUUCUUUAUACUUGUAUGGUACACUUUCAGCACAUUUUUGACAUUGUACAACAAAACCUUGUUGGGAGAUGAGUUGGGGAAGUUUCCUGCUCCCUUGUUGAUGAAUACUAUCCACUUUGCAUUUCAAGCUUUAUUAUCAAAUGCAAUAACGUGGUAUUGGUCUCAUAGAUUUCAGCCUUCGGUUGCAAUGUCAUAUAGGGAUUACUUCUACAGAGUUGUACCUACAGCUCUUUCAACUGCACUGGACGUUAACCUGAGCAAUGUAUCCCUGGUUUUCAUAUCUGUUACUUUUGCAACAAUGUGUAAAUCAGCAGCUCCUAUAUUUCUUCUCCUAUUUGCUUUUGCAUUCAGGUUGGAGUCCCCAAGCUUUAAACUCUUAGGGAUCAUUGUGGUAAUCUCUAUUGGAAUUCUAUUAACAGUUGCAAGGGACACUGAAUUUGAGUUUUGGGGUUUUAUCUUUGUCAUGCUUGCUGCUGUCAUGUCUGGAUUUCGCUGGUGUAUGACUCAAAUACUUUUGCAGAAAGAAGUCUAUGGUUUGAAAAACCCUCUUACCUUCAUGAGCUAUGUGACUCCAGUAAUGGCAGUUGUGACAGCUCUUCUUUCUCUCUUCUUGGAUCCAUGGCAUGAAUUCGGACAGAACAAUUAUUUUAAUAGUUCAUGGCAUCUUGCUCGAACUUGCUUGUUGUUGCUUUUUGGUGGAACACUGGCAUUCUUUAUGGUUUUAACAGAGUACAUCCUUGUUUCUGUAACCAGUGCAGUUACAGUGACAAUAGCUGGAGUGGUGAAGGAGGCUGUCACCAUAUUGGUUGCAGUAUUUUAUUUCCAUGAUGAGUUUACCUGGUUAAAAGGAGCUGGGCUUCUCACAAUUAUGUUUGGAGUCAGUUUAUUCAAUUGGUACAAAUACCAAAGGCUGCAGGAGUCAGCACCGACUAAACAUGCUGCGAAGUAUGUCAUCCUUGAGGAGAUGGAGGAUCAAGAUGAUAUCCGUUGAGAGCUUUAAAGAUCAAAUGAUUUUGAACAGGAGAUGCCGAGCUCAUUGAUGACGGGACUUAUAGUUUACCUUCAAUAAUGUCGGUGAUACAGUAAGGUUUCCUGCAUUAAUAGAAGUUGUAAACAAUUUCUUGAUGUUUUACAGUUCGGGAAAACAAGUUUGUGUGUAACUUUUAAUCAAAUUUUUCAAUAGGGAUUAUCUUUUUCUUAAGUACUUGAUCCCGCAUGCAUGCAUGCCUGGUCCAAUUGUCAUUUGUCUUGAGCUCGACAUUCUUAAGAUAUUUGAGGAUAGAUAUAUUGCUACACUAAGUUGUAGGUUGAAAUCCAAUAUAUUUUUCUUUAAAUGGCCAUAGCGAUUGUAAUUUCUUGAAA